UACAUGUAAACCCUACAAGUGUGGCUUGUAGUUUGAGAGUGGAGAGAGAUUCUUUAAAGGUCAAGAGAGUGUCAGGCAUAUUUUGCAACCUCUGCAUCGAAGUCUUGUUGAUCGAUUCAGAGGCUUUCUUCUUGUUGUAAUGGAGAGGAAGAUAUCAAAUUCCAACUACUUCAUAUACAAAACAAACUUCUUUUUCUUCAUGCUGUGUCUCAUCUUCAGCACCACCACUGAUGCCACUUCCAUUGCAUGUUUAGAUGCAAGCAAGUGCCCCAUGUUGGCCAAAACUCAUGCAGAUGAUCAGAAAUAUGAGGGGAGAAUUGGACAUGGCACGGUGUUUGAAAGCAAAGCAAAGAUUUCCUCGGAUUGGGCAAGGAGGUUUCUGGUUGGACCUGGCUCAUCACCACCGCUGUGCACUUCCAAGUGUGGCAACUGUACACCCUGCAGACCGGUGCAUGUGACGGUGCCGCCGGGUACUCCGGUCACUGCAGAGUACUACCCAGAAGCGUGGAGGUGCAAGUGUGGUAACAAGUUGAACAUGCCUUGAAUUUCCCAUGAUUUUAGAAAGAGUCAGUAACUGU